AUGGCUUCCGCUCCCGACAAACGACGCGUUUCUUACUAUUUCGACCCGGAUGUCGGUUCCUACACAUACGGACUGGGCCACCCCAUGAAACCCCAUCGGAUCCUCAUUGCGCAUCACUUGAUUUCAGCGUACAAUAUGCUGGAAAAGAUGCAUGUUUUAAGAGCGAAACGCGCGUCAGCAGAGUCAAUGACGCGCUUUCACACAGAUGAAUACGUACAGUUUCUACACAGGGUCACGCCGGAGACAGCAGACGAGUUGACAUAUCAUGGUUCGAGGUUCUGCGUAGGAGACGACAAUCCGCCGUUCGAGGGAGUAUUCGAGUUCUGUUCUAUAUCAGCGGGAGGGUCGCUCGCUGCCGCACAUCGGUUAGCAAGCGGAGCCACAGACAUCGCGAUUAACUGGGCAGGCGGACUGCACCACGCCAAGAAGCAGGAGGCCUCCGGCUUUUGCUACAUCAACGACAUCGUACUGGGUAUCCUCGAACUCCUGCGGACGUACCCGCGCGUGCUGUAUAUCGACAUCGACUGCCACCAUGGGGACGGCGUGGAGGAAGCAUUCUACACGACCGACAGAGUGAUGACCUGCAGCUUCCACAAGCACGGGGAAUAUUUUCCCGGGACGGGUGACUCCGCAGAUAGAGGAGAGGGCAGAGGGAGGGGGUACGCGGUUAACGUGCCGCUGAAGGACGGAAUCUCCGACGAAACAUACAAAAGCAUCUUCGAACCGGUCAUCACCAAAAUCCUCGAGGUCUUCCGCCCGUCGGCGAUCGUCCUGCAAUGCGGCUCGGACUCGCUCGCGGGGGACAAGCUCGGGUGCUUCAACUUGACGAUGCGCGGGCACGCCGCGUGCGUGCAGUUCGUGCGGCGGCAGAACAUCCCGAUGAUGCUGCUUGGCGGCGGCGGGUAUACCGUCAAGAACGUCGCUCGUACGUGGUGCUACGAGACGGCGUGCGCGUUGGGCAUCGAGGCGUCCAUAGACGAGAUGCUGCCGUACAACGCGUACUUUGAGUGGUUCGGGCCCAAGUACCGGCUCGAGGUGCCUGACAAUAAUAUGGAGAAUAUUAACCUCAAGGAUGGAUAUCUGACGGCAACUCGUGACAAGGUUUUGGCGCAAUUGUCGGAGCUGCAGCCCGCGCCGUCCAGUCAGAUGCAGGACGUUCCGCGGGAGAGCGUCGGCGCGCAUCUGGGCUGGAGAAUACAGGGUGAAGAAGCUCAAGAUGAACUGGACAAAUCACUCGCACGACACUCACGAUUUGUGUACAAAAUGCAAGAGCCCGAUCCCUCCGACGAGGAGACGUACGACUCCGACGCGUCCGCCUCCACGUCGGCGCGUAACGCUCGCAAGUCGCACCGGGCGUCCCGGCCGCAGACGCGGAAUAAGAAGCGCAUGAGCAUAAUCACGAACCAACCGCUGGAUCUCCCACAAUGGAGGGAGUUUGAGUUGUGCAGCGGCGCGGCGGAGAUGGACAGGAAGACCAGACGGAGGUUCUUCACGAGUGGGGACGAGAACUCGCCGGGCGUGGAUGAGAUCGUAGAGGUGUACAAUGGUGUAGUGAAGGGAUCUGGCGGGCUGAAUGGAGCCUCGAGGUUGGGAGAGACGAUGAGUAGAGGGGGUGUGUCGAUGGAGGUUGACGAGGAGGACAUGUCAGAGUAGAGUGGGAGGUUACCUCGGGUUUUGUAGCAUAUCUUGGUAUAUUGUAUUGUUAUCCUGCUUGCCUAGAUUAGUAUUGUGUCGACGUAAUGUACCCCUAAUAAUCAAAACCACUGCAUUCCCU